AUGCUGAAUGUGUUGCUACAUGUGUUAGCUACCGGACUUGUUGUACGUGUGGCACGUACCGUACUACCACCGGGUAGUGGUAAUAUUGGACCAGCUGUUGCUGGUUUAUUAUUUGCAUCACAUCCAAUACAUACAGAAGCUGUAGCUGGUAUAGUUGGACGUGCUGAUUUAGCCGCAUGUAAUUUUUAUUUACUAUCAUUUUUAAUUUACGUGUUACAUAUUAAAUAUCGUGAUAACAUAUGUUUUAAAACAAUUAAAAUUAAUCAUUCAAGCGGUGUCAGCGGUGGAAUGAAUACAUCAUCAUUAUCAUCGAAUCAUCAUUGUUUAUGUUUGAAUCAAGUAACAAAUGUUACAACACCAAAUGAUUUUUGUUGUAUGAAACAUAAUUUAAUGUUAUCUGCAUUAUCGACAUUUGUUACAAAUAAUAAUAAUAAUAAUAAUAAUCAUAGGUCGCCACAUUAUUUACGACAACAUAAUAAUAGUAUGCGUGUAAAUAAUAAUUUAUUUAAAAUUGAUAAUUGUGAGGAUAGCUUAAGAACGCAUUAUCACCACCAUUAUCAUCAUCAUCAUUUAUGGUAUGGUGAAUAUGAUAAUAACUUGUUGUCUUCUACGACGGCAUCAAAUCAUAAUAAUAAUAAUAAUAAUAAUAAUGAGAAUACUAGAAAUCGAUUAUGGUGUAAAUGUAACAAUAAACAAGGUACAGUGUGUACAAUGCGUGUGGUUAAACAAUGGGUAGCUUUUAUAACGUGUGUGUUAUGUGCAACAGCGGCUGUAUUAAGUAAAGAGACUGGUAUAUCAGUGUUGGCUGUGUGUGCUCUGUAUGAUUUCAUUCAUUCACCAGUGAAAGUUAAUCAAAAGAAACAAUUACGGAGUAUGAUGUUACUAGGAUUAUCAUUAUUCGUAUUACUUGGCCUUCGUAUGCAUAUGGCAUCAGGUAUCACACCAACAUUUGCCACCGCAGACAAUCCAGCAGCAAAAUCAACAUCCGUUUAUACACGUUUCCUUACAUUUUCAUAUCUUCCAACGUUUAAUUUUAAUUUAUUAUUAUGCCCAUCGACAUUAAGCUUUGAUUGGUCAAUGGAUGCCAUUCCCCGAAUUAAUUCAAUUUUUGAUUCACGUAAUUUAAUGACAUUAAUAUUUUAUACAAUAUUUUAUAAAAUUAUAAAAAUUGCAUUUCAAAAAAUUAGAAAACAACAAAUCGAUUACUCAAAUCGAAAAGUACAGCAACAACAAUAUUCAAAUAAUAAAUAUCGUAGAAAAACUAAUAAUUCAGAGAUAUUUAUUGAUAAAUAUCUUCCGGUAUGUCAAUGUCCUGUAUGUCAUCAUAACAUAACUGACCAUCAUUCACAAACAUGUCGGACAAAUAAUAACAAUAAUAGUGUACCAUCGUCACAUACAAUGUGUAUUUGUAAGACUUCCUUAGCCUCAUCCUCCUCAAAUCAUAUUUUUCCAUUAUUAUCUUCUUCAAAACCUACUGUGAUAAUCCGUGAACAACAACAAUAUACUUCAACAUCUUCAACGUCAUCAACUACGUCAUCUUCAAAAGAUACAAAAGUAAAAAAUCCAUAUGUGACAAUAUUAAUGGCAUGUGCAUUUUUAGCCUUACCAUUUUUACCAGCUACAAAUAUAUUUUUCUAUGUUGGUUUUGUGGUUGCCGAACGUGUACUAUAUUUACCAAGUGUCGGAUAUUGCCUGUUAGUUGGUUUAGCAAUGAGUCGUGUAUGGCGUGUGAAAAAAUAUUGGCGUUAUACGUGUGCAUGUUUAACAGUGUUAAUGAUAUUGUUUUGUGCGCGAACAAUACGUCGAAAUCUCGAUUGGCGAGAUGAAGAAAGCUUAUAUCGAUCGGCAAUCACUGUAAAUCCACCAAAAGCUUAUGGAAAUUUAGGCAGUGUGUUAAGUAGUCAAGGACGGAUAGCUGAAGCAGAAUGGGCUUACAAUAAAGCUUUAGAAUACCGAACAAACAUGGCUGAUGUACAUUAUAAUUUGGGUAUAUUGCUUCAGGGGCGGAAACAAUAUGAUGCUGCCAUUCGUAGUUAUCAAAGAGCAAUUCAUUUCCGACCAUCUCUUGCACUGGCAUAUGUAAAUCUAGGCAGUGCAUUAGUAGCAGCUGGUCGUUGUCAAGAAGCAGUAGCAAUACUACGACAAGGAUCAAAAUUGGAUGGUACUGGUUUAAAGGAUCGUCGAACACAUGAAACAGCACGUGUAUCAGCUUUAUUACAAUUAGGAUCAUUAUAUGCAGACCAAGGACGAUUACAAAGAGCUUUGGCAGCAUAUAGAGAAGCAUUACAUACAAUGCCAGAUCAUUAUCCACCACAGAGUGUUUACAACUUACUGGGUGAAACCUUAACGAGAUUGCAUCAAUUUGAAGAAGCAGAAAGAUGGUAUCAAGCGGCUUUGCAAGUUCAACCAGAUCAUGUACCUGCACAUAUUACAUAUGGAAAACUUUUAGCCAAAAAUGUAAGUAAUCAUAGUAGCCGAGUUGUGGAAGCUGAACAAUGGUUUAGAAGAGCACAGAGGCUAGCACCAGAUGAUCCAAGUGUUUAUCAUCACUACGGUGAAUUUUUGGCUUCAUUGCAACGACACAACGAAGCUGCUGUACAAUAUACGCGUGCGGCUGAAUUAAAACCAGCUGAUUAUGAAUUAGUGGUGGCAGCUGCAACAGCGCUACGACAGGCUGAUCGUCGGAUUGAUGCUGAAUAUUGGUAUCGUAAAGCUGUACAACUUCGACCAUUGGAUGCACGAGGACACACAAAUUUAGGUGCCAUAUUACAUUUAAAUGGAAAAUAUAGCGAAGCCGCUGCCAGUUAUAGAGAAGCAUUACGUCUACAACCGGAUGAUGUAACAACUUUAACAAAUUUACACAAAUUAUAUAGUUUAAUGGCGUGACAACCAUGAUAGGUUGCACUAUACCAUGUUAUGAAUAA